UUUUUUUUUAUUAACUUCAGCUAUCAUCUUUCAUGGCAAAAAGAACAAGAAAAGGCUAUCUUUGGGCAUUCGAUCAACAAGAUAAAUGGGAUGAUAUUGCGGCUGAAAAAAUAUCUCAAUUACAAGAUAUUUCAAAUACCUAUUUAGAUUGGUUUAAUAAUCAUUCUACUAUAAAAGAUUUACUAUCUUGGAAAAGGCCGCGUAUAGAUUCAAAAAAGAAAGCAUCAGUUAAAGAGAUGAAAGAAAAUACUGUUUCAAGCAAUGUUGAGAAUAAACAAGUAAUGAUGGAAAAUGAAGUAGAAGAGCAAUCUAUAAAAGACGUUAAAAAUGAUAUUGAUAAUGAUGUAAAAGACACUGUUGAUAAUGACAAUAAUACUAUUAAUGAUAGAAAUCCUGUGAAUGAUAUAAUUGUCAAUGAAAAGGAUGAGCUUGAGAAUACUUUACCAGAACAACAUGAUGAAAAUACACAAGAUGAUGUAAAAUCAAAUGAAAGUGUCAUUUCUGUUGGAAUACAUUCAGAAGACAUCAUGACCGACCUUAAUUUACAACCAUCGAAAGAAUUUGAUGAACAUGAUGAUGAAGUUCAACUUGUUGUCUCUAAAACAAAUAGUAAAAGUUUUUCUAAUAAUUUAUCACCUAACAGUAAUGCACAACUCAAUAAUCGUUUGAGUAAAAUGGGACGACCGUCAUUAGAAGCAAGUAAAUCACCAAGUGCAUUAUCAAAAGAAGAUUCACCGUCAAAUAUGAAUGUAGUUACCACCGCUCGACUUACAAAUAUACCCAAUAAUAAAAUAGAAGUGAGUGAUCCCGUACCUGAAUCACAAAAACCUGAAACGGUUACCAAGGAUGAUAACGUAGUUGAACAACAAAAAGAAGAAGAAAAUACUUCUGAAGAUAAAGAAAAUACCUUUAAAGUACCAGAAUGGGCAACAAGUCCAGAACUACAAAAGCAUCUAGAGAAGCAAUCUAGGAUGGAUCCUGAUAAAAUUUUUGGUCGUAUGCCACCAAUACAAAUUGAAGGUAAAUAAGGAAAACAUGAAUAUAGUAGACAUUUGCUUAUUUUUAUUUUUCUGCUUUUGACAGAGAUUUUUCCUUUUCUUUCUGAAGCAAAGAAUUAUAUGAAAAAGCUACGACAAGAAGGAUCUAUGGCAUUACACCGUUAAAUGUUGUAUUUAAAAACUUAUUUCAGAUGGUAAUAAUAGAUGUAUGUAUAUUAUGUGCUUAAAUAAAAACAGUGGAGAAUAGAGGAAGAAUGCUU